AGCAAAUGUGUCUGUUUUGCUCCAGAAAGUCCUGUGGACCUGGCUGUAGAAGAGAAAAGGCCUUCCAGCGGAACCUGUUGGAGGAGCAGACAGAUAUGACGGAUGCAGAGCAGCUUGAAGUGCAGCUUUUAACAGAAUGGAGAUAAGCAUCACCUGCUGACAGGUGUACAAUAUGCUGGGGUUAAAACCACAGCUACAGAGCCCUGCUGAAAAGUUGACAGCCUGACUGGUGGACUGCAUUCAAUCUGGGGGUCCACAAUGCGAGCUAAGCCUGCACCGUUUAUCACAGCAAUCCUUAGAACAGCCACAGCUCUGAAAGGGCACAGUCCUCUGUUUGUACAGCUGUCUCGUCCAAGUCCAGUUUAAAGAUAAGGAGCCAUAAGAAAAGAGAGCGGGUGCUCAGAGUUGUCCCUCCACAGCCCCAGUGCAGCAGACAGAGCAGGCACACAAGUCACUAUGGGCUUUAUUGUUCCAAGAAUAAACAGCUUUCCUCUAUGCACGGACACAUAUGACACAGAGCGAGUGGGUGACUGAGGGAGUCGGUCUGUCUUGGAAAGAAAGCCCUUUGCCUGCACACCUCUGCAAUGUCUUUGGUGAGGUUCAAGGAGUUUGGGGAAGAGGAGGAGAACUUGGAGGCAGAGAACCUGGACAGCGUCAAGGCCUUGACGGCAAAGCUGAAGCUGCAGACCCGGCGCCCUUCCUACCUGGAGUGGAAGGCCCGCGUACAAAGCCCCUCCUGGCGGAACGGGCUCAGGACCCUGCCAGAAAAGCAGUGUGGGGAGACGGCCGGGGAGGACUCUCAGGCCCCCGUCCCUUUGAGGACCAUUUGUGGGUUCCCCACCAUUGGUGAUGCCUUGGAGUGGCUCAGGAUGGAGCUGCGGGAGAUGCAGGCCUUGGAUCACCAGUUGGCACGGCAACUAAUGGGCCUGCGUGCUCAGAUCCACCGGCUGAAGGUGGAACAAGCCUGUCACCAACACAAGGAGAUGUUGGACGACGCCACCUUCGAGCUGGAGGGCUGUGAAGAGGACUCUGACCUGCUGUGUAACAUCCCACCCAAGAUGGCGUUCCUCUUGUCCACACCCCUCAAGCACAUUGGCGUCACACGCAUGAACAUCAACUCUCGCCGUUUCUCUCUGUGCUGAGGGGCCUUGCUUGACCCCUCUUCUGAUUGCAUUUUUAAGGCCUGCAUCCUUCAGCAAGUGAUACACACGCAUAAACCCAUCAGUUUCCAGGGACUCACACAGAGAAACCUGGCAUAGGUUUUUUGUUAUGGGAUGGAGAGAGCCAGUUUCUCAAAAGGCCAGAGGCUCCCUUGUCAGCAGGUGGUUCUGUGCAACUACCAGCUGCUUUGUAAAAGAAGGCAUUUUUGCUGCAGACAGUAACAGGCAUCUGCCUGGCUAUUGAGUAUCCUCAGAUCCACCAGCCCUCACAAUUGGGGAUGGGAAUGUUCCAGGAUAGGGCCUUCUGACUUGUCCCCCCUCCCUGUCACAACUUUGGAACGCUCUCUUCAGGGAAGCCUGCCUGGCACUAGAUCUGACAUCCUUUCAGUUCCUUUGCAUUUCCUCAGGCAACUGUACUCCAGCUUUUAUUAUCUUCUCCUGUUGCCCCUGUUUUAUUUUGUAUUAUGUUAUUCUUAAUAUGCAUUAGCCACUCUGAGAGGCUGUUGCCUCAAGAGCAGGUUACAGACUUUAAAUAAACAGACAAAUAAAAUGUU